AUGCAUGGUCCAGCACUUCUACCGGGUACCGGGGUCUGGCCACCGCUGUGUUUACUCCUGUGCGCGCUGCUCUUCCUCGGGCCCGGCGCACACUCGCACCCGCAGCCCUGCCAGGUGCUGAAAAGAAUCGGCCACACGGUUCGGAUCGGGGCUCUGCACGUCCAGACCCGCCUGAUGCUCGCGGAGAGUCCCGAGGACUGGGACGCGGAGGAACAGCAGCUGGAGUUGGAAAAGCGCAUGAAAACACGUGCCGGCGUGCCUGGAUAUGGAAGCCUCAGGACCAGAGUCCCCGCUAACAACAGCCAGCGGGGCAGCAACAGGAGUAAAAGCCAGCCGCGACAAAAGGAGGGGAACACCUCGAAGGAGGAUCGAGUUUUCACACCCCGAGACUCGGUCCUGGUCGCGGUGGAGGCUCUGAACCGGGCCGGAUUGCUACCUUACAAUCUAUCCAUGGAGGUGGUCAUGGCCGUGGGGUCUGCGUUGGGCGAGCUGCCCGCGUUCUCGUACUCCUCCACGGUCAUCCAGGAGGACGAGGACCCGCUGUCCUUCCUGGAGAGCGUGUGUCACACCGUGGUCGUGCAGGGGGUCUCCGCCAUGAUCGCCUUUCCGAGGAACCGGAACGAGCUCGUCAAGUUGGAUUUCGUUUCAAUCGCGCUCCAGGUGCCUGUAGUCAGCGUCGUGCAGAGGGAGUUUCCGCGCAACAGUGAGGUAAAAGAAAGAAAAAAAGUUCCUUUCUAG